GCCCGACUUGCGCUAAGAUUUGGCGCCAAAUGCCCCGGGAAUUCCCGAGUCUCGCGAGAAGCGCGCUUAGUCUGCUCGCCAGGGUCCGCGUUUGGCGCCUGUGUUCAACGUGUGGUGAGAGCUCGCUGGCAGAAGCCCUAGGAUGGAGUCUUGGAUACUUAAUAGCCGGGUUAGAAGAUAAACCUACAAAGAAAAUCCAGAAGGAGUCUCCAGAAAGGGAGGGAAGCCAGAGUCUUGCCCAGGCUGGAGUGAGUGCAGAGAUGUGAUCUUGGUUCACUGCAACCUCCGAAUCCCAGGUUCAAGUGAUUCUCCUGCCUCAAUCUCCUGAGUAGCUGGGACUACAGAGGAAGAGAUGCUAGAACCAGAGAAUGGCAUGAUUGACGUACCAGAUUAUGAGCAUGUAGAAGAUGAAAUUUUUCCACCUUUCCCACCUCCACCCUCUCCAGAGAGACAAGAUGGUGAAAGAGCUGAGCCUGAUGAAGAGGCAGGAAGUGGAGCACCUGUUCCUGUACCUCCAAAGAGAACAGUUAAAAGAAAUAUACCCAAGUUGGAUGCUCAGAGAUUAAUUUCAGAGAGAGGACUUCCAGCCUUAAGGCAUGUAUUCGAUAAGGCAAAAUUCAAAGGUAAAGGUCAUGAGGCUGAAGACUUGAAGACACUAAUCAGACACAUGGAGCACUGGGCACAUAGACUAUUCCCUAAACUGCAGUUUGAGGAUUUUGUUGACAGAGUUGAAUACCUGGGAAGUAAAAAGGAAGUUCAGACCUGUUUAAAACGAAUUCGACUUGAUCUUCCUAUUUUGCAUGAAGAUUUUGUUAACAAUAAUGGUGAAGUUAUGGAAAAUAAUGAACAUGAUGUAACUGCUAGUGAAUUAGAUCCCUUUUUGACAAACUCAUCUGAAAGUGAGAUGUUUGCUUCACAAUCAAGUAAAAGCCUAACAGAAGAGCAACAACAAAGAAUUGAGAGAAAUAAACAACUGGCCUUGGAAAGAAGGCAGGCAAAGCUGCUGAGUAAUAGUCAGUCCCUAGGAAAUGAUAUGUUAAUGAACGCACCCAGGGCGCAGACAGUUGAAGAGCUUAAUACUGACGAGGAUCAAAAGGAGGAGUCAAAUGGAUUAAAAGAAGACAUUCUGGACAAUUCAUGUAAUCAUACUAAUACUUUAAAUGUAGAGGAGGAAUUAAAAUUAGGGGAAACACUGCUGGACUAAUCUUAAAAAUGUGCCACAGUAACUUGAUGCUUCAUCCAGAAAUAUUACUGAAGGUGGUUAAGUUUCCAUUAAGAGAAAAUGUGUCUGUUAACUCACCAUCCUGCAAGCUUGGUGUUACUAUGCAUUUUUCUUCUUUGAGUGAAAAUCCUUAGGUAGUACAGAUUUUUACAGAUUAUUGUUUAAAAUCUGGUAUUUGUUUAUCAUUAUGCAUGUCCCUUUAGUUAAAUCUGUUCUCUUUAGUGUUUGUUUUUAUGUAGUUAUUUCUUCAUAAAAUAAUUAGUCAGUAAUAAGCAGUUUCUUCUGCUGCUCAUCUGUUAUUGAAUGCCUUGUUUUCACUAAGUUGGGAGGUUUUGUUUUUGUUUUUUACUGCUCCUUGCAGAGCAGGGCUAACCCGUGGACAGUGUACCCAUAGUAGCCUGGGUGAAGUUUUAACGUGUACAUAUAUACUGAAUGUUAAUGUCAAUUUUUUUCAAGGAAUUAAAAAUUAUCUUAAAAGUUA